GGCUAGGCGCGCACGCGGUCGCAAGCCGGCUCUCGUCGGUGCUGUCGUGUCGUGUAAGUCACGCUGUCGUGUCGUGACGCCUCAACCGAGUUGUCAUUGGUUUUAUAUUAGAUUGAAGAGAGAAGAUGAGUCGAGGAGGAAACUAUAUACAAGAGCCUGUAGUCACUCUUCUCAACAACAGACUGGAAUCUAUAGACUAGACAAAGAAGAAUCUACGUGGCUCGAGCCCCAAUCUAACAAAACUAUAUCUAACAGACUAGAAGUUACAAAUAAAAGUUAUAUUACCAUGGACCUAAUACCAAAGAAGGACGUGAAAUCCGAGGAAUGGAAGCCAAACAAGGAGGAUUCUUUCCCGACUUGGCAUAAAGUUGGAAAAGUGAAAUCCAUGUUUGUGUAUCCACUGUUAAAAGGCGUUGCGGAGAGCGUUACAUCAUGCGGUAUUUAUUGCAACCAAAUAUGUGGAUAUAAAAAUAAAUUUCCAGUACUAAAUCAUAUGUUUGUAGUGUACGAUGAAGUGACCAAUGUAAUUUAUACGAAGAAUGAAAUACCAAAGUUCAAAACGUUUACAGUCUCGUUCUUGGAUAAAAAUGCAGUAGCACUAAAAGGACAUUCGAAUUCCAUAGUCUUGAUUUUACAACACAUCAUGGCUGAUGGAAAUAUUAAGACGUGUAUGACGUCGUUCUCUAAUAAAUUUUUAGUUUUUGUACAAGUCUUAGAUUGCGGCGACGCAAUAGCCGAAUGGCUUAGAAACUACACCAAUAACAAUCAUUUACGCUUGGGAUACAUAUUCAAUCUAGAAUUACAAAAUACAAAGUUAGAAGAAACUACGAAUCAAUUUAAGAAGUGGAACAUGGAUAACAAAAGUUAUAAGGAUUUUAUGAUGCCUUUCGAAUGUGUUCCGCCUUUAACGUUAAUAUCGUCUGAAACGUUUGACGAAAUAGUCCGCACAUGUUCACACGAACAGUUACAACAAUUAAGUCCAAAUAUUGUUAUUUCGUCGACUGAUGAAAAACCAUUCAAUGAGAAAAAGUGGCAGAAAAUUAGAAUCGGUGAUCACGUGAUCGUCAAUAAUAUCAAUAAUAUCAAUCUGAAAGACAGACCGAUAUCGCAAAUUAACUUGAAAGACACGCCCAUAGAUAUGAAAUGGGAAUUGGUAUUAUUGCAUUGCGAAGUACUGUUCUCAGGAAUUGUAGAAAAAGGCGAUGAAGUAUUCGCCCUCUAUGCCUGAAGAUGAAAGUUAGAAAAUUUCUUCCAGAUGUUUUUAUUUUAUUUUUUUGAUUUCCCGAAUUUGUAAAUCUGCCAUAGACUAACGAUCUUCAUUGCACCCGGCGUAAACAAUAAUCGAAAUGACGUUAUUACAAAUUAAAAUCUCCAAGACUUAAAAGAACUUUUAUUUACCGUGUUGAUAUUCAAAGAUAAAUCGCUCGCUUACAUACCCGCUUCUUCGUGAGAUAUGAACAACAUGCUCAGAAAUAAAUAGAAAGCAUAAUAUAUCAGGUAAACAUGUAGUUCGACCUAUUGCUUGCGUCCGUUACACGAGAUUUGCGUAGCAGGUAACAUUUCGCGGGUGUCAACCGUGUGAAUAAAUACAAAUCGUUGCGAUAGAAGAAUCGGUCCGAUCAUAGAUCAAUUAUUUCUUCAGUUUGUUCUAAAAAUUUGGUCGAUCAAAGAAGGUAUAAAUCGUAAAAUCGCGGAGGAGCCACGUUCGAUAAAUUAAGAAACGGCAUUGUCGGUAGGAUAUCGCAACUGAUAUUUCAUAAAUAAGAAAGUGCGUGAACAAAGCGGCCCAGGUAGCAAAACUUAUGACACAUCUUAAGGUAGUUUUAUCGCUAAAUACUGUAUUUUCAAUGACGCAUUAAGAGGAGCACUAAUUUGUCAAACAAAAUUAUUUAUUAAACUUACUUAUUUCUUAAACAAAA